AUGGAGGUGAUUGGAACUUGUGGAAAAGGAACUUCUGGAGAGACUUCAAACAAAUGUAGUAUUACAUCAAUUUAUGAUGAAGAAGUUGUGGGCUUUGAGAAACAUGCAGAAAUAAUAAUGAAGAAAUUGAUACGAGGAACAAAGGAGCGGGAUGUUAUCACCAUCUAUGGGAUGCCCGGUCUCGGUAAAACAACUUUGGCAAGAAAGGUAUACAACAGUCCCUAUAUUGUUAAUUACUUUGAUGUUAAAGCAUGGUGUGCUGUGUCACAAGCAUAUAAUAGGAGGACAGUAUUGGUUGAGAUUUACAAACAAGCUACUAAUGAUAAGAUCAAAAUCAAAGAGGACGAUGUUGUGGCUGACAUGUUGCGCAAGGUUCUAAUAGGCAAGGGAUACCUCAUCGUAUUAGAUGACAUUUGGGAUGUCAAGGCAUGGGAAGAUUUGGGAAUAUGUUUCCCUCAAGGUGAAUGUGGAAGCAGAGUAAUGGUUACAACACGAAUUGAAAAAGUGACUAAGCAUCUUCAGCACCACAGUGAUCCCUAUUCUCUUAGCUUUCUAACAUCCAAAGAGAGUUGGGAAUUAUUGGAGAAGAAGGUAUUUCGAGGAGAGAGUUGUCCCCCGGAUCUACUGGAAGCAGGGUUACAAGUUGCCCUACACUGUAAGGGAUUGCCUCUUGUGGUUGUCUUGAUUGCUGGAAUUAUAGCAAAAACAGAAAUGGAGGCGUCCUUGUGGCGCGAGGUUGCAAAUGACUUAAGUUCCCUUGCUUUAGGAGAGCAGAGUAUGAAGGUGAUACAAUCAAGUUAUGACCAUUUAGAAGACCACUUAAAGCCUUGCCUUCUUUACAUGGCAUUGUUUCCAGAAGACCAUAAGAUCCCAGUGGAACAUCUGCUGAAGUUGUGGAUGGCUGAAGAGUUUGUAUUGAAUGCCGGAACAGAGAACAUGGAGAAAGCAUGUCGAGUCUGCAUGACUGAUUUGCUUAACAGAAGCCUAAUAAUGGUCUCCGGAAUGAGAUUUUAUCGUGAUGUAGAAUACUGCUCACUUCAUGAUGUAGUGCGUGAGUUCUGCUUGAGAAAACUCACAGAAGACAAGUAUAUGCAGCUUGCAGUGCCAUUCAAUCCGUAUCAACAUUUGCAUUCCAUGGAAUCACGGUUGUGCAUUUAUAUUCAUGAUGAUCUUGUUAAACAAUUAGAUCAUUCCAACUACCAGCUGGAUAAGAUUCCAAUGCUCGAUUUCAAGGAA